UGCGCCAAUUUUUGUUUGACGCCAGUCGCUCGCAGGCAGGUGCGUGGAGCGCGCGUGCGUUAAACAACUUUGUGCAACAGCUGAUUUUGGCGCCAACGCGAUCUUACACACGACCAAGAAACAUAACCUACAAAAUUUGUUAAACAAUUCAAGUUUUACAUUGGCAUUGUGUUAGUGUAAAGUGUACAUAGACUAAUGAAGAUGACAGUUAAUCGAAUAAGAGUUGUGGUGCUUGGCAGCGCUCGUUGCGGGAAAUCGGCCGUGGUGGUGCGUUACCUAACAAAGCGUUACAUCGGCGAAUACAGCUCCACCGGCGAUUUCCUGUAUCAGCACAGAGUCGCAUUCGAUGGCGCGACAUCCGAAGUGGAGAUUUUAGAUACUUGUGGUUGCGCGAAACGCGGCUGUUUAGCGGAACAUCUCCGAUGGGGCGACGCUUUCGCGAUAGUGUACUCUGUCUGCGACCGGCGGUCGUUCUUGGCGGCUGCGGAGCUCCUUGCCUUGCUGGAACGGACUAGACUACCCGGUUGCACUGCUGUGACGUUGUUAGGAAACAAGAGGGACUUGGAACAUGCGAGAGUCGUGAAUGCGGGGGAGGGUCAAGAGCUGUCGCUGCGGUUCGGGUGCCAGUUCUACGAGGUGUCGGCGGCGGAGUCUUGCGCGGGCGCCGCGCUCGCCUUCCACGCGCUGCUGCGCGAGGCGCGCGCGCUCGCGCUGCUGCUUCCCUCGCCUCGGCGCAAGCUCGCCGCCUAUUCUGUUUCUAAAGUAAUCGGCUCCAUUCUUGGGCUAAGCAACAAGAGCGUUCGGAAGAAACGUCCAUCUCUGAGCAUAUGAAGCAUUGGUUUGCACUUCGCGGAUCUUGUUCACUCCUGGAGGAGUUUGUUCACCGUCUACGGCAGGCCUGUCUCUAUGGAGAGAUGACAAAGGAAUUUCUGGACAGAUAAAAGAUGCCAACGAAAGCUGAAUGCAUUGAUGGAAAACUCUGAUUGUACUAUGUACUAUCCACAGAUCUUAAUUGUUGGUUUUAAUUUUGUUACAAUCGAAUGAACAUAAAGUAUGAUGUGAAUUAAGUAGAUUAUGUCUAGUUCUCAUAGAACUAGCUUAUGAUGGACCUUUUCUUUAAUUUUAUUCAAUGUGAUAAUUUAGUUACUUACUAAAAUAAGAUUUAUAAAAGACAUUGGUUUGUGUGCUUUUUUGCAAUUGUUUAUAAUAUAAUAAUAAUAAUUUAGCCUAUAUACGUCCCACUGCUGGGCACAGGCCUCCUCUCCUGCGCGAGAGGGCUUGGGCUAUAGUCCCCACGCUAGCCCAAUGCGGAUUGGGGACUAUUAACUAGGGCAAUUGUUUACCGAUAUUUAUUUCAAUCUGAUAUUAAAGUAUUUAUUUAGAUAGUAUUUAGUGUUAAGUUUUAAUAAACAUUAACAGAUUUUUUUUUAUUCAAAAAUUCACUCAAUUUUGUGGAUGUUUUUAAUAUGUAUACGUUGUAAAAACAACGGCGGAACAAAAUGACCUUAUCUGCUUAAGACCUUUAAACUUUUCGCUCACGAUGAUCGCUUCAACUAUUAUGGUGACUGUUACACACGUGACACGUCGUUAACAAACCGUUUAAAUCUAACAACAAACAAUUGCAGUCUAUCUAGAAUUUGUUUGAUCUCUGAUUAGGUACCUCUAAAAUUUCUAACGAAUAUGGGGGUAAAGUUAAUACCUACUAGAAAGUAGUACACAUGCGAGAAUAUUUGUUACGACAAUUAAAUAAGGCAAACAUCCCUAUAAUGGACGUGGCUUCAAUAGUGGAACGUAAACCACAAAUCAUGUAAAAUAAGUAUUUUACAUCACUUUUUAAAUAACACUGUAACAUUUUACCAUAAACAAGAGUUAUAGAGCUGCUUAAGGUUGAAGUUUCAUUCAUUUGCCCACGAUUGGAGAAAAAAAACAUAGACUUAAUUUAUUAAUUACUUUGGUAAUGAAUUACCAGUUUCGUUAUUUUACUAAACGCGUUAAGAAAUUAAUAUGAUAUUCAACUUUUAACGCGUCAAGAGGUAGAAAUUUUACAGGUUUCAGUGAAAUGUUUAAAAUACUCCAAGUUUUGUCUUAAAUGUAUCAUGACUGUUAAACAGCAGGAGUCUCUUCAACUACUAUGUACUUGAUUUAUAGACAACUUCUUUAUUUUACGUCUUUUAAGUAUUUAAUUAAGAUACUAUGCUACACUCGUACUGAAGUAAGAGACGAAAAUAAAGUUAAAUGAACAAAAGUGAGUCAAUGUAAGGAGUAAUUGUUGUAUAUAAUUAAUUAUAUUUGUAUUAUUUUAAAAUCUUCGACAUGUUUACGUAUAUAUUAUGCGUAUGCCUAAAUUUCAUCUUAGAAAUAAGACUGUCCCUGGACCAUUAAUAUAAGUGUGAAUUAAGUAAUUGAUUGUAAAUACCUAUUUAAAUUUACGAGGUAAAUGUGCCAUGAUAUUUUCACUUGAUAAUAAGUAGAUAUCUUGUUUAAUAAAAUUAUUCAAAU